UCCAAUGUGCAGCAGAUGAAAGAGAACCUUCUGCAACAAAAUAUACCAUUUAGGAUCAUGAUUUCUGAUGUGCAGAAGCUAAUAGAUAAUUCAAGUAUGAGUAGGAAAAGCAUCGGGCGAUUAUCACUGGAAACCUAUAAUUAUGAAAUCUAUCACCCAAUGACUGAGAUUUAUGACUGGAUGGAACAGAUUAAAGAUCAAUAUAGUGAUGUAGUAACCAAAGACCUUCUGGGACAUACACAUGAACAAAAUUCAAUUUACUAUUUCAAAAUUGGGAGGCCAUCACAGGAGACAAAGAAAGUUAUAUUUAUGGAUUGUGGAAUUCAUGCUCGAGAAUGGAUUGCUGUAGCGUACUGCCAGUGGUUUGUAAAAGAGAUUUUGACAAGACAAAAGAGUGAUUCUUUAAUAAGGAAGCUCCUCAAACAAGUCGAUUUUUAUGUUAUACCUGUAUUAAAUAUUGAUGGAUAUAUUUACACCUGGACAACGGACCGCCUGUGGAGAAAAAAUCGUUCACCUCAAAACAAUGGUACCUGCUUUGGUGUGGACCUUAACCGCAAUUAUGAUACAAAGUGGUGUAGUGUUGGAACAUCCAAUGACUGUGAAAGUUAUGUCUUCUGUGGCCCAAGUGCUGCUUCAGAACUUGAAACCAUAGCAAUGAUCAAACUGUUUGAAAAAGUCAAGUCCAAUAUGCUUAUGUACCUUACAAUUCACAAUUAUGGACAAUUUAUUCUUCUUCCUUACGGAUACACAACAAAUCAAUCUGCAAAUCAUUUUGAAAUGGAAACAGCUGCUAUGAAGUCUGUAGAAAAAAUGAAAGAAAAACAUGAUAAUGAAUACACAGUGGGGUCUACAGCUAUGAUAUUAUAUGAAACUUCAGGAAGUUCAGGAGACUGGGCAGCUGAUGCUAACAUCAAAUUUUCAUAUACCUAUGAACUAAGAGAUGAUGGUGAAUUUGGAUUUGAAUUACCAGCUGACCAGAUUAAACCUACUUGUGAAGAAACACUGACCUCUAUGUUGUACUUGUUUGAAUACAUAAAUGAAACAUAUUUGGAGCCUCUUGAAGAAGAGGAAGAAAACCCUGGUGGUGGUGCAGUUGCCAUUGAAUCACUAUGGAUAAAUAUAUUUCUCUCGCUUUCUGUAUGCAUAGUCUAUGUUCUCUCCCAAUAA